CGGAGCCAGACUGUUGUCAAGAGAAGCGUUGCUAGCAUCGCUACAUAGGCGUUAGCUCACAACUGGAGCUAAAAUUGGGUAUAUAUUUGCCUGAGAAUAAUCUCUUUACAACCGGAGGGAAAUGCUGCGGUAUCUCUGGCAGUAUGUCUACACAUCCUUCUUGCGAUACUGGCUAAAGUGGCUCAUCAGGCAGGCAACAGGCACAUGUGAACUACAGAGAAUAUGCUCUGGAUAUAAACCUGGGGCAACAAGGACAGCAAAAGCAGAAUAUUCUCUCUGCUCAUCAAAGAACAAGGUUUUAAAAGGAGCUUUGGAAACUAGCAAGGAUAAAUUAGAGCAAUGUGUGGAUCAAAUCAUGAAAGAGAAGAGUGUCAAACCCCAGAAAGACCCAAAGUUCAGGGCAAACCUGCACAUCUGUCUUCUUCAAAUAAAAGGCUACAGCAGCCUGUUUGUGUUAGUGGAAGAUGUGAGAAAAGAAGUCUUUGACUCGGAGAACCAAGAGCACGAGGCCAUGCUGUUGAAGUUGUGGGAUCUGUUGAUGCCAAACAUAAAACUGGAGUCCAGGAUUACCAAACAGUGGGGAGACAUUGGAUUUCAAGGAGAUGAUCCAAAAACUGACUUCAGAGGAAUGGGCAUGCUGGGGCUAAUCAACCUUGUUUUUUUCAGUGAAAACUACACAGAAGAGGCUCGUCAAGUGCUGUCUCAUGCAAACCAUCCUAAACUUGGGUAUUCAUACGCCAUUGUUGGGAUCAACUUGACAGAGAUGGCCUACAGCCUCAUGAAGAGUGGUGCUUUAAAACCACAUUUCUACAACACAGUACAGGGAACACCUGAGCUUCAGCACUUUCAUCAGCUCUACUGUUAUCUGGCAUAUGAAUUUGAUAAAUUCUGGGUGGCAGAAGAACCAGAAAGUAUUAUGCAUUUCAACCAGUACAGAGAAAAAUUCCAUAGCAUAGUGAAGACACAUCUACAGGACCCUGAUGUCUCCCUCACAUUGACUGUCCGCUCUAAAAACGAAUGUUAAACCAAAGUUUCUCGGACCUCUCCAUGAACUCUGACAGUAUUUGUUCAGGUAAAAGAAGGUCAGAAGUGUGAAAGCAGACUGAAACUCAAGGUUUGGAAAAAAGAAAGUCCUCUGGUCUUUGUAUUUGUGAUCCAUUGCUCAUGCCCUGUUGGUCUUGUCACAGUGAUACUUAAAGGUUUUCAGAAAACAGCACAAAACUAACUGCCUAUACCUCGAAAAUGACCAUUCCUUUGUUUGUUAAACAGUUGUUAGGGAGAAUCUGAGCUACUGCAGGAGAGUGUGGUGGUAGCCGGACUCUCUUUGGUCAGGGUCAGUGGACUUGCUGUUAGCAAACAGAUUGUUGCAGUAAGACUUCCAUACUUAUAGCUGUCUUUUGCACAAAGUUCCCACUGUUGUCCCAAAAACAAGUGCAUGUUUUAAUGUGUCCCUUCAGCUGUAUUCUGUUCUAUAGGUGAUGUACUACUCAUAACAGUUGUUGCCUCCAUUUUCUUAAAUGUUUACCAUUUUUACCCUUAAUUUUAUGCUUUGAUUUG